AUGGAGCCAUCAUUAGAUACCCAUGACCCCUCACAGGGAGCCGUUCGAGCAGCGGCUCAGUUCGAAGGCACCCUUGUCCUUCUCGACGACGUUAUGCGUUCAUCCGACGCGGCACCUCGAUCUGGACCUGACCUAGACCAAGCCCUCAACCAAGCCUUGCUUUCACCAUCCGCAUUCCCGGAUACCGACGACGAGUCCUUUACUGCAUCCUCUGUGUCUGGAGAUGGGUGGACAGAGAUCUUCACCACGGCCGCGGAGGACGACGAGAUCAGAACCCAAUCGAACAGGUCCCAAACAACCAUCUCUCGUCGAUCAUGGAUAAGACCCAUGCAUGAAUGGGGCAUGGACGACCCCCCCGAUGGCAGUAGUAGUCGGUGGGGUGGCUCAGAAAGGGCGAAUUCGAACUGGAACUGGACUGAUGCAGAGAGCAUUCGGUCGACGAACCAAGAAAGGGGGGUCACGGCCCUGGAGGUCGUUGAAGAGGACUUGGAAGAGGACCCAGGCGACCUGUACGAUGAUCCUUCAGAUGGAAUGACCACCGAACCAGGUGACGUUCGGAUCAACCCUGCUCCUCCAACUCCUCACCUCUUGAGCAACUACCCCGGACCCAACACUCUCCUUAGCUUAGAGCCCAUCGGCCCUAGCUCUUCAGAAAAAGGCAAACAGAGAGAAGCGGUCUGUAGGCAUGUUCUUAAUGGAGAAGAUUGCACUUGCAUCGAUCCCUCCAAGUUAGACCAGCUCCAGAGAGACCUCGACGCACAAAGGGAUCUUAUCAUGGAAAUCGAGAAGGACGGCAAGACAAGGUUCGCUGAGCUGCCGAGAGUGGAGGUUGCGGGCAUAGAGAUCGACUUUGACGGGCUGCAGAGGAAGUACUGGGCCGAUUGUGCGAAGGCGCAUUGUAAGUAG